CUGACCAACAUAAUUUAAACAGAAUACUGUGAGUGCAAAGACAUUUUUACAGCAUGAAGGACCUUCCUGCAGAAAACGAUUCAUUCACAGACUUCAGAAUGAUUGGUUUCUACAGCCUAAGAGAAUGGAGGCCUUUUUUUAUUUAUCCCUUUCUUUCUGAUGUUUUUAUUGGCUAUCACAGCAAAUACUAUUCUCAUAUAUUUAAUCACCACUCAAAAAUCUCUGCAUUCUCCAAUGUAUGUACUAAUUGGUCUUAUGGCAGUUGUAGACUUGAUAUUGCCUAUAUUUUUUGUACCUAACAUGCUUCUGAACUUUUUGUUUAAUUGGAGUGGGAUAUCUUUAACAGGUUGUUUGAUACAGAUGUUUUGCCUUCAUUUUGUUGCAACAUUUCAGUCUACUUUGCUUUUGUGGAUGGCACUGGAUCGUUACUUUGCAAUAUGCAAACCUCUUAAUUAUCACAAAUACAUGGAAAUCUCUAACUUUCUAAAGUUUGUUGUUAUACCAUUAAUCAGAAAUAUAUUCCUGGUGGUCACCACAGUCUCUCUGGCUGGAAAACUGUCAUUUUGUUUAACAAAUUUGAUCGAUCACUGUUUUUGUGAGCACAUGGCAUUAGUUCAGUUAGCAUGUGGAGAUACAUCUAUCAAUAACAUUGCAGGACUUUUGACUGCUUUCCUUAUACCAACUGCAGAUUUUAUUCUUAUCAACCUUUCUUACAUUCUGAUUUUUACCUCUGUGUUCAAAUCUGAAUAA